AUCUGUCAUCUCACUCAUUUCACCGAAGAGUGUUUCAAAAUUGUUGAAAAUUUAAGCCGGUUCUUAGCUUUUGAAUCUAUCUACCUGCUAUUUCUUGAUUGAAUGAGAUUUCCAUCAGAAAAGCUCUAGACUAGCUUCUGUAUCGUGUUUAUAGUAUUAUCAUUAGAGUUAAUAGUUUUAAUAUUCAACUAUAGUGGCAAAAUGGAGUUCCGACCAAGGAGAAGGAACGACAAUGGAAAUUAUUCGCAAAACUCACAGUUUGAAAAAACCACAAUAAAUAUACCGACACAUUUAGUAGGAAAAGUUAUAGGUCGAGGAGGUUCCAAAAUCAGGGAUAUACAAAGUGAGUCAGGAGCCAGAGUUAAUGUGACUAAGGAUACAGAUGGUGAUCAGACCCUGGUCAGAAUUUCUGGAAACAAGGGAGAAAUUGACAAAGCAGUAGAUCUCAUUGAGUCACUUACCAAAGAUGUGGAAAGUUUCAGUAUUAAUUCUGGACAAGUUGAGGAACCAAAGGAAGAAGAAAAUCCUGAUAACGUUAUAUACAUUAAUGGUUGGAAAACUAAAAAGUAUGAUAACAAUAUUGAUUGGAAAGCUGUCUUUCAAGAGAGUGACAAAAGAAACAGAGAGGAGUUUGACAGCAUGUAUGUUAUAGUGAAAAAUUUUUACCAAGAGCAUCCAGAAGUGACUGCAAUGACAGAAGCUGAAGCUGAACAAUUUCGUUUAGAGAAUAAUAACAUUGUUGUUAAAAGAGUAUUUUCUGAUCAGGACGGUGAUAUUAAAAAGCCUUGUACUAAAUUUGAACAUGCUUUCCAUCCAUAUCCUGAGAUAUUGGAAGAAAUUAAGAAGGUUGGUUUUGAGAAACCAUCUCCUAUUCAAAGUCAGUCAUGGCCAGUGCUCCUGAGUGGAGAAGAUAUGAUAGGAAUCGCACAAACUGGUACAGGAAAAACUUUGGCAUUCCUUCUUCCUGCUUUAAUACAUAUUGAAGGACAAACCAUCCCUAGAGAUCAAAGGAAAGGACCUACAGUUUUGAUUAUAGCUCCUACAAGAGAAUUAGCACUUCAAAUUGAAAGAGAAGUUAAUAAGUAUCACUACAAAGGAAUAACCUCUCUUUGUAUAUAUGGCGGAGUGAAUCGUCAAGCACAAGUGAAGGCUUUAAAAAAUGUGGUUGACAUUGUAAUUGCAACCCCAGGACGCAUGAAUGAUCUUGAAGAAGCAGGUCAUUUAAAUAUUAAAUAUAUUACCUAUGUUGUACUGGAUGAGGCUGACCGUAUGUUGGACAUGGGUUUCGAACCUCAAAUUCGUAAAAUUAUGUACUCUGUGAACCCCAACCGUCAAACUGUAAUGACAAGUGCAACAUGGCCAGACUCUGUGCGCAGACUUGCUACUAGUUAUAUGCAAAAUCCUGUUCAAAUAUAUGUUGGUUCUUUGGAUUUAGCAGCAACACAUACGGUAACCCAAGUGGUUGAACUCGUGGAGGAUGAUAUCAAUGCGAAACUAGAAACAUUAUUCGAGUUUGUAAGAAGCAUGACUCCAACAGAUAAGAUUAUCGUAUUUUGUGGAAAAAAAGCUGUCGCAGACCACGUCUCCUCGGAAUUGUCACUUCAAUACAUUCCGUGUACAUCCAUCCAUGGGGAUAGGGAACAGAGUGAUAGGGAGCAAGCUGUACAAGACAUUAUGAGCGGGGAUAUUCCUAUUCUAAUAGCAACUGAUGUAGCGUCAAGAGGAUUAGACAUUGAUGAUUUAACGCAUGUAAUCAACUUUGACUUCCCCAAAAACAUUGAAGAGUAUGUACACAGGGUUGGUAGGACCGGAAGAGCAGGAAAAAGGGGUAAAUCAAUCAGCUAUUUCACAAAAAGUGACUGGCAUCAUGCAAAAGAAUUGAUACCUAUCUUGGAGGAGGCUGGACAGUAUGUUCCUGAAGAAAUAUACAAUAUGGCCGAGCGAUAUGAAGCCAUGCUAGUCAAAAGGAAUUCCAUGCCAAACAGGGGUAGGGGUGGAAGAGGAGGAGGAGGAGGAGGAGGGGGAAGAAGAUGGUAAAUUUAAUUAAUAUUAAGUUAGUUUCCUAGCUUUAAGGAAAUGUAUCAUUUUUAUGUAUACCAUGAAUGUUAUUUUUUUUUAUUUCAAUGGCUGUUAGAAAAUUUUUCAAUUAUAUAACAUUUUGGGUAAAA